UGGUUCAUUCUGUCCCAGACUCCUUUAACUGGGUCGAGCUUAGAUAAAGAUUGGAUCCCCUCUGGUCGUCUUCUUCACGCUGGUGCGCGCUGCUUUCCCGGAGGGAGUUCAAUGGCCUGUUCAAGCUUAUCCGGAGAGCACCUCCUCCUCUUCUCACGACCCUCUCCUCCCCUCUACCACCAGAGGCCGACAUUCCUUUUUCCCAGAAUCAAUAGGAUUCAAAUCUCUCCCAGUCGAAAACCACGUUUUCUUUGUAACCCAUUAUGCCAAACGUUGCAUUCUCCGUUCUCUCUUCGUGCUUUGCUGAGUAGGGAGACUCCUGAAGUAAAAGACGACGAAGAUGAUACGGAAUUCAUUGAAAUUGGGUAUGUGUCUAAUGUUCAUGGCCUCGACGGUGAAGUACGGGUAAAGCCAUCUACCGAUUUUCCGGAAAUGCGAUUUGAGAAGCCAGGAAAGAGAUGGUUGAGGAGCUUGGUCUCAGGGCGGAAGGUUAUUCGCGAAGUUGAACUCACUAGCGGGAGAGCUCAUGCCGGACCUAAGUCUUGGAUUCUUAGUUUUGCUGGGGUUGACACGGUUGAGAUGGCCAAAGAAAUUGUGGGUUCAAGUAUACUUGUUAGGGAAGACGAUAGACCACCACUAGAGGAUGGUGACUUUUACACGCCUGAUCUAAUAGGCAUGAAGGUCUAUUUGAAGGACAACAGAGAGCUUGUGGGUACUGUAGUAAAUGUACUCAAAUCUGGUGCAAGUGAUCUUUUACAAGUGAUGCUGGUCCAAGAAGUUAAUAGUAGAUCUAUUUCACUGGAUACAACAUCAAGUCAAUCCGCUCAAUUGGUGUGGAUUCCUUUCGUUGAAGCCAUUGUGCCUGAUGUGGAUAUCAAAGAAAGGCAUAUGCUGAUUACACCUCCACAGGGCCUUCUGGAGUUAAACUUACGCUGUCAUGAAGCAUCAAAGAAAGAAAGAAGACAGCUGGAGUGGAAGCAAAAGAAAAGAACUAGGCAACGUCUUCUUGCUGCAAAGAAGAAGUUAGCUGACAUUGGACAACAACAUAUAUUGGAGGGAUUAUCAUCAGGUGACAAGGAUCAAAAGCUGUUGCUGACGAACCAGAUUACAAAUAUGAAUCUGCAGUUAUUUCAACAUGCACUGCACAAUAUUUCAAAGCCAAAAGUAUGCAAUUGUUACUUGGAAGAAUUUGUCAAUGCAAAUUCAGCUAAAUUAUUGCACAAGACUUUGAAGAUACCCAAGAGCAGUCUUCAUUGUUAUGGAAGCAAGAACCAACAGAAUGGAUGUUCAGAAUUACGCAAAGCUGGUUUUGAUUUCAUUGUUCAAGGGAAAGUUGCUACUGUUCUUGCACUUGAUGAUGGGAAAGUGCAAGAAGGACGUCUGCAGCAGAAUUCCAUUGAGGAAAAUGUCUCAAACUCUGCAAACUGUGUUCAACUUCAUGAAUUUCUUCUAAAUAUUAAAGAACAAACUAAGGUAGAGGAGAAUUUUCCUGUUGCAUUAAUCAUGGCAUCUCCUGCUAAUGAAGUGCAGACGUUUCGUGAUUUUUUGGUUGAUCAUGAUUAUUACGGCUUAGACAAGGAAAAGGUCUGGAUCCUUGAAGAAGAUAAUCUGCCAGUUGUUAGCAACUCAGCUGAAGAAAAAGCACUCAAGAUACUCUUGAAAACUCCAUGGGAGGUACUUCAUGCACCAGUAGGAUCUGGGAGCAUAUUCAACUUACUCUCAACCCAUACAGUGGUGGAUAAUCUGAGUGAAAUUGGUAUCGAAUAUGUGCAGGUAUGCAGCUUGAGUAAAAGAUCUGCUAUUGGGUAUCCUCUACUUCUUGGUCACAUCCACGCAUGUAAAGCGGAUGUUGGAAUUAAGAUCUUUGGUGACGAGGAUGAUGAGUUCUUCUAUGAUAUGGUAUUCUCCUUGUCAUUUCUAAGGAGGUUGGCUACGCAGAUGGACGAACUGCAAUUUUUUGCCUUGGAAGGACAGCGCUCGCAUGUUCAGAAGAUUGACAAUGAUUGGGUGGUUGUACAUCCUCUGCAGCCCAAUUCUUAUAUUUUGCGUUCAUCAAUUUACAGUUGUUUGCGCUUAUGUCCUCCUGAUAAGGUCUGUAUGUUACAUAUUGAAGGUUGAUUGUACAUGGAAGAAUUUUGGUUUCCAAUGCAAGGCUGCGGGGCGAUAGGUCUUCCAACCUUUAUGGAUUAAAAAAAUAGAGCUAUACAAAAAGGAAUGGACAACCAACAAA